AUGGUCGCACCGCUAUAUACGACCGAUUCUGGUCUUCUCUUCCACGCCGGAAAGAUUUUAGUCGUUACAGUCGGUCUUCCUGCACGAGGAAAGACGCACAUAUCUCGGGCUCUUGAGCGGUAUCUUCGCUGGGCAGGUGUCAAGACAGCUGUCAUUUCGCUCGGCGACUAUAGGCGGAAGGUCAUCGGAGGCGCGCAGAAGCUACCGCCUGAUUACUUCUAUCUCGGAGAGAAGAGUGAGGAAACAGUCAAACUGAGGUUGAAGGUGCAGGAUGGAUGCGAGAAGAUGAUCUGGGACUUCUUCAAUGGAGGCGGCCAGGUCGUGAUCUACGAUGCGAACAAUGGGACAAAGGCUCAGAGGCAGAGAUUAGCGCAGAAAUUUGACACGGAGGGUAUUCAUGUUGUCAUACUCGAGUCGCUCUGCGAUGACAACGCAAUAAUCGAACAGAACAUUCGUAGCGUGAAGAUAUCCUCUCCAGACUAUCGGAAUUGGGACCCUGACCGUGCUGUUCAAGACUACUAUAAACGUAUUCAAGACCAUGAGAAGCACUACGAGGCCGUGGAAGAACUAACAUGGCCUUUCAUCCGUAUCAUCAACGUUGGAGAGAAGAUCAUGGUUAACAAUGUCAGGGGAUAUCUGCAAUCCCGAAUAGUCUUUUUCCUCAUGAACAUCCACAACAAAUAUCGGACAAUAUACUUUGCCCGUGUUUCCGACGCAGAUCUUUCGCCCGUGGGCUGGGAGUAUGCCGAGAAGUUGAAGGACUUUGUCUUGGAGCGACGCGCGAAAUCUCUCAAGGAGCGAGGUCUUGACCCUAAAGACAGUCGUCUCGUAGUCUGGACCUCUGCCCGUCGUCGUGCCCAUCACACCGCCUGGCCAUUCCUCACUGCCGCAGACCGCGCAAAAGGUCAUUCUUCGUCCGAUUCUCCCUUCAAUGUCAAAGUUGUCGAGAAACCUCAAAUGUCCGAAAUCAACCCUGGAGUUUGGGAUGGACUGACACCAGAUCAGGCGAGAAAGUAUUACCCCGAGGAAUGGGACCGGUUCACGAAGGACCCGUAUUCGUUCCGUGCGCCGAGGGCGGAGAGCUACCACGACUUGAGCGUACGGCUUGAGCCGACUCUCAUUGAGCUGGAGCGCGAACAAGAAGACCUUCUCAUCAUAGGUCACGCCUCCGUCAUCCGCUGCCUAAUGGCAUACCUCAUCGGUCUCCCUGCCUCUGAAAUUCCAGCCAUAGAAGUCGUCCGUGGCGAUCUACUAGAAGUCGUUCCAGCCUCCUACGGUGUGCACAGCCAGGCAUACCACUUCUGGGAUGGUCCUGGGAGGAAGCAGAGGUCGAUUCCACCUGGUGAAGAGACGAAUUUCUACGAGAAUUAUGCUGAGGACACAAAGGGUAAACGGCAGGCUGCAGUGGCUACAACUGGACCGUAG